AAGCCAAGGUCGGGAUCAAUGGGUAGCCACGUAAGCGUUUUCUAGAUGCUUCUGAAAUCCAAAAAUCGAUAGCGUCAGAUCGCCUGAGUUUCAGAGAUCGUAUAAUGUAAUCGGACAAUGGCCAAUGGUCGAAGCGGGGCCUGGCUCAGGCGGCUUCUCGGAGGACCCUGCCCUUUUCCCUACCCCGGAUCUCGAGUUGUGGCUGCUCCCCUUGCUUUCGGGUACACUCCGGAUAAUAAGGAGGUGAGAACGGCUUACAAUGGCUGGAAGAGCUCAGAUCCCAACAAGUAAUUCAGCUCUUAUUGCUAUGAUUGCUGAUGAGGACACUGUGGUUGGAUUUUUGUUAGCUGGGGUUGGUAAUGUUGAUUUGCGGAGGAAGAGAAAUUACCUUAUUGUGGACUCAAAAACUACGGUGAAAGCAAUUGAAGAUGCAUUUAAAGACUUCACCACAAGAGAGGAUAUUGCGAUUGUGCUGAUUAACCAAUAUAUUGCGAAUAUGAUAAGGUAUCGAGUUGAUAGCUACAACCAACCCGUGCCUGCUAUUCUGGAGAUUCCAUCCAAGGACCAUCCAUAUGACCCUACUCAGGAUUCAGUUCUUUCUCGAGUGAGAUACUUGUUCUCUGCAGAAUCAAUAGCAUCAUCAAGGUACUGAAAAAUUGGUUCUUCGCUGAGUGCAACUGAUGGUAGUGUGCUCCACCAGUUGCAUUGUAUUUAUGUGUAUUUUAGCUUCCAUAUGUAUUGAUGAAGAAUGACUGAUUUCUCUCGAACUUUAGCUAUGAAGAAAAUGUUAAUGGAGACGCAAAAACGAAGGUGAUGUUUGAUUUUCCUAAA